AUGGAGCUGGGCUGGGCGUGCAGCCUCUCGGUGUGGCUGCUCUUCCUGGGCAGCCUGGCGCUGCGGCUCCUCCGCUCCGACCUGUUGCUCAGCCGGCUGCUGCUGCUGCGCGUCGGGCUGCUGGCCGUCCUGCAGGCGCUGGGCCAGGCCGUCCUGCCGCCGCCCCUCAGCGCCGCCCUCACGGGGGCUGCCUGCUGGCUCGUCUCGGCCAGCACCGCCCGGCGGAAGCGGAUCCCCACGCGGGGGAAAGCGGUGGUGGUGACAGGAUGCGACUCAGGCUUUGGGAAGGCAGCUGCCCAGCAUUUGGACAGGCUGGGACUCACUGUCUAUGCCAGUGUGCUGGACCUGAAGAGCUCCGGGGCAGAAGAGCUUCGGCAGACGUGCUCGCCACGGCUGACCCUCCUGGAAAUGGACCUCACGAAAGCAGAGGACAUUCGGCGAGCGCUGCAGUUCAUCAAGGCACGGACCGGAAGGACAGGUCUCUGGGGCCUCGUGAAUAACGCUGGGUUCAACGACACCAUUGCUAAUGCGGAGCUGACGCCGCUGCCCCACUUCCGCACCUGCAUGGAGGUGAACUUCUUUGGGCCCCUGGAGCUGACCAAAGGGCUGCUGCCUCUGCUCCGCUCGUCCCGUGGCAGGAUUGUCACAGUCAGCAGCCCGGCUGGCAAUAUGCCCUACCCCUGCUUGGCCAGCUACGGGACCUCCAAAGCAGCUCUCAGCCUUCUGAUGGACACCUUCCACUGCGAACUUGCUCCCUGGGGGAUCAGAGUGAGCGUGAUUUUUCCAGGGUACUUCAAAACAGGUGGCAGCUGUAACCCCGAGUACUGGAAGGAGAGGAAGGACCAGCUCCUUGCAGCUUUACCCAACGACCUUCUGGAAGCCUAUGGAGAGGAGUACCUUGAGGAAAUCAACAGGCAGUUUGUGGAUUUCAUGAAGGUGGCUGUGGAGGACCUCAGCUCGGUGGUGGACAGCAUCACGGACGGCCUCCUUUCCCCCAAGCCUCUGCUCAAAUAUUACCCAGGGAGAGGCCUGUGGCUCAUGUACUUCAUCCACCAUUACCUCCCUCACACAGUCCGGGACCUUUUCCUAAAAACCUUUUUUAUCAACCCCAAACUGCCACAGGGGUUGUGUCCCAAGGCCUGCCAUACCCCAACACCAUCGUGAGAGCUGCUUGGGUUCUCUUGCACACACACACACCCCCAGAGAAUCUCUGGAGAAAGUUUCCUUUUUAUUCCACCUGUAUCCAGAUCCAGAUGGCUAGAAGAGGAAUUUGUUCCUAUAGAAACAGGCCAGUGCCAUUUUGUCA